AUGGCGACAAAGAAAUUGAUUGUUGUCCUCGGGGCAACAGGAAACCAGGGCGGCUCAGUCGCACAGGUUUUUCUGCAGGAGCCACAAUGGCGUGUCCGCGCAGUGACCAGGAACCCUGCCAGCGCGAAAGCCCAAGCCCUGGCUGCUUGCGGCGCGGAGGUUGUCCAAGCAGACUUGGAUUCGCCAUCUACCCUCUCUUCGGCCUUUAAGGACGCGAACGCCAUUUUCGCCGUCAGUGACUUCUGGGGUUUAUAUAGUGACCCUGCCAACGCAACCAAGGCGAAAGACCAGCCGCUUAAUAUCUGGGCUGCUAACCAUGAGACCGAGCAACUAAAGGGAGUUAUUAAUGCUGCCGCGAAAGUACAUACAUUGGAGCGCUUCGUGUUCUCGUCUCUUUCCAACGCGACAAAGUGGUCCAGGGGGAAGUACACGCACGUAUAUCAUUUCGACUCGAAGGCCAAGGCAGAGGCGUACGGAAGAGAAACCUAUCCUGACCUGUGGAAAAAGACCAGUGUAUUCCAGGCGGGGUUUUUCCUGAGCAAUUUCGUGUCAAAUCCGAUUAUGCAGCCCCGAAUGACAGCGAGCGGUGUAGCUCAGUUUGUGGGGCAUCUAGACCCGGAUCUUAAACUGCCUUUUAUUGCCGCGGAAGAAGACACUGGACCAAUUAUCAAGACCCUCGUGCAAGAAGCGCCUGGGAAGAACGUCAUUGCUUAUAGGGAGUGGAUGUCUUUACGCGAACUCUCAAAGGCAUUUACGCAGGCCACUGGGAUCGAAGCAGAAUAUAUUAUGUUAAAAAAGGGACAAUUGAAUCUUCCCCUCCCGCCUGAGCUCGAUCGUCAAUUGGAUGACAAUUGGGCUUAUUGGAACGAGUUCGGAUACGAGGGCCGAGAUGACCCCACAAUCAUCCAUCCCAAAGACUUGGACUCGCCCCCGCGGUUGGACAGUAUAGCAAAUUACAUCAGGGAGCAGGAUUGGCCCAAAGUCUUCACACAAGAGAAGUAA